AAUUGCGCGACGAUCCAGUAUCUCCGGCUCUUGACCCCACCGCCAUUGGACUCCUUUGUCCCCCCUCUGCCACUUUUAAAAGUCUUUCUCUCCUUUUACAGUCUUUUUCUUUUUUGUGGUCUCCAAGAUGCCCGCUACGGCGUCCCGUGCCGUUCUUCGGCAAUCGCAGUUCCUGACCCGGAGGACCGCUGUCAGAUACGCCUCUUCCACCUCGGAGACUGCUCAGAAGGCUGGUGAGGCUGCAUCCUCUGCUGCCUCCAAGGCGUCUGAGGGUCUCUCUCGUGUCACAUCGACCGCUGGCCCCGCUCUUUCGAAUGCCGCCCAAGGCGUCGGCAGUGCUCUGAGGAAGGUUGGUGGAAGGACCGGAAAAGUCAUCGCUUUCGUCGAUUCUAUGAUACCCCCCACCCUCUACUACGGCAAGGUCGGCCUUGAACUCGCCAAGCUCGUUUUCCGUGGACAGAACAUGACUCCUCCCAACCUGGCUACCUUCCAGUCCUUCUACCAGCCUCUGCUCAACGCUUUCCGCAGCCCUGCCGCCCUUAAGAACGCCAACUUCGUGUCGCCGGGAGACAUCGCCGCCCGUGUCCGCAAUGCCAACAAGAAGGAAAUCGCCCUGGCCGGUGUUACUCUCGCGGAGGUUAUCGGAUUCUUCACCGUCGGUGAGAUGAUCGGUAGAAUGAACAUUGUCGGCUACAGGGGCCACCCUGAGCACCACGGAGACCACUAGAUCACCCGCAAGCACUAAUGCAUGGCCUGUCUUUUUUAUAUUUCCUUUUAUCACUGCGUUCUGUACUAUUGUAUGAUAGACGAUGGAAUUUAACUGUUGUCUGAGGUAAAUCACGCACUUUUGGAGGAUCCCCUCUUCUCCCUUGGAUGCUUCACUCUAAGGGCGAUAUACAUGUCAACUGUUGCUCUUCUUGUUCUUUUCCUAUUCUACCUGUGUCAAAAGUGGAAGUCGUAUAGAGAUGUCCGUCAAUUAUGUGUUAGACGUGCGUUUGAAUUGAUCAUUCGUUUCUA